AUGGAUCUGGAAAACGGGCAGAUAGUUUUCCGGAACUUGCCGGUUGGGCCGCUGACUCCAUACAGGAACCGGGCGAAAUGCGAUUGGAGGAAACUGAAGCUCAUCUUCGAAGACGAGGAUCUGCUCAAAGUGAAGUUGUUCGUGUGGAAGACGUUGGAGAAAGAUCCCCUGUUUCACAGGUCGAUCGUCGAGAGCACCACCGACGAAAAGAAGAGAUUAGCGGCCGUGAGAUUGAGGCGGUACAUCGAUUACAAAUUCGUACCCGGUGAAUUGCAAAUGCCAUAUCGAAAAAGGACUAAAUUGUUCAUGGCUUACAAUGAAGCGUUGGCUUGCACUUAUCCGGAUGUCUCAGUCAAACACGCUCUGGGCGUUGGACUUUUUAGCAACACUAUCAUUACAUUGGGUACCGAAAAACAUCGAAAGUACGCUUAUGUCGCCGAUAAAAUGUUAUCGUGCUUGGCCCUGACGGAAAUCGCGCACGGCAGCGACACCAAGCAAAUGCGAACGACGGCCACCUACGAUCGCAACACCAAAGAAUUCGUCAUCAACACGCCCGAUUUCGAAGCGGCCAAAUGUUGGGUGGGCAAUUUGGGCAAACAAUGCACGCACGCCCUGCUAUUCGCGCAAUUGUACACCAAAGGAGAAUGCCACGGUUUGCACGCUUUCGUGGUGCCUAUCAGAGACCCGGCCACUUUGCAGCCCUAUCCGGGGAUACUAGUCGGCGAUAUGGGCGAGAAAAUCGGAUUGCAUGGUAUAGACAACGGAUUCGUGAUGUUCGACCGCUACAGAAUACCCAAGGACAAUCUGCUGAACAGGACGGCGGACGUGACGCCCGACGGGGACUACGAGAGCUCGUUCACGGAGCCCGGCCGGAUAUUGGGCGCCGCCUUGGAGAACCUCUCGAUGGGCAGGGUGGGCAUCAUGCAGGAGUGCUCUAAUAAUCUCGUGUGCGCCGUCACCAUAGCCGUUCGAUACGCCUUCGUGCGCAGGCAAUUCUCGCCCAAGGGCGAGGGCGGCGGGGAUUCCGCCGAAUUGGCCAUCAUCGAGUAUCCUUUACACCAAUGGAGAUUGUUCCCUCAUAUGGCGGCGGCCGCUGUGCUCAGAAUAUUCGUCAACGGAUUCACCGAGACCUACUUGACAGUAAUCGAGAAAUCCGCCUCUUCGAUCGAACUGGAGAAUUUGAGCCACAUGGUCUCGGAAAUCCACGCGCUCGUGUCGGCGGCCAAGCCGUUGAUGUCGUUCAGCGCGAGGGACGCCGCCCAGGAGUGCAGGGAGGCGUGCGGGGGCCACGGGUUCCUGAAGGCGGCCCGCCUGGGCGAGAUUCGCUCGACGGUCGAGCCCUGUCUCACCUACGAGGGCGACAACAACGUGCUCGCGCAGCAGACGAGCAAUUGGCUGCUGAGGCAGUGGCGCGCGCCCGAAGGGCAGCUGUCGUCGCCGUUGGGCAGUUGCGGGUUCUUUUUGAGGCGGCGGGAGAUCAGGGGGCGCCGGAGGGCGGUCGGGAGCGUGCGCGAGGCGCAGUCACAGGACUUUAUAAUGGAUGCCUAUGAGUGGUUGAUUUUGAAUCUAGUGGAAGAAACCGAUAAGAAAAUGACGGAAAUAAUGGAAAGCGGCUCGAGCAAGUUUACUGCUCGAAACGAAUCUCAAGUAUACAGGGCGUCCGUUUUAACCAGGGCAUACGGCGAAUAUACAGCACUUCGUUACUAUUGGUUGAAAGUAGUCAAUGCUGAGGAUACUUUGAAGCCCACUUUAGUGGAUUUGGGCGUUCUGUACGGGCUCAGCUGCCUCGAUAAGCAUUUGAUAUAUUUCUAUCAAGGCGGCUACGCGGUCGAUGCGCAAUUCGCGCGGAACAUCAAAGAGGCGGUGUUGGAAUCGUGUAAAAAGUUGAAAAUCGAAGCGUUGGCUGUGAUCGACGGAAUGGCGCCGACGGAUUUCGUGGUGCAUUCCGUUCUAGGCGCAUCGGAUGGGAAAGUGUACGAGAAUUUGGAAAAACUGUUAUUGGCAUCUCCCGAAGCUACCACGAGGCCUUCUUGGUGGAAGGAAAUAGUUUAUGGUACUUCCGCAUUAACAAAUCUUCCGAGCAAAUUGUAA